AUGAAUUUUUCAACGUAUACGUUUGAUAUAAUAUUAGUUAUUUAAAAAUGUAAGAAAAAAUUCAAAUAAUUUAGCGAUAUUUCUAUCUUAUACAUACAAUAUAAAUCCUGACCUAUUCAUUAAAAGUCUUCUAAUAUAACAUUGAUGGAUAAAUAUAUUCAUCAAUAUGAAUGAUGGAAAAAUAUAUCCAUCAAAAAGAAAUGGUCGCUAGAGCGCGACCCAAUUUUUUCUUUCUGUUUCAUUCGUGAUAAAGAAUAAAGAGAAUUUUGAAGGAUAAUAGAGAUGAUAUUUGAGAAGAAACCCGGUAUCUUAUUAUGAAUAAUGAUCGGUUUGAUUCGUUCUUAAAGACGAACUUACACGGAUAUAUUGAGAAGGAUCGUCAAAGUGAUAGUUUCAUGAACGACAAAACACAUCCAUCCACACACACACACACAUACAUACACGUGUGCGCGCAUACGUAGACAUACAUAUACACAUACACAUAUAUACUCUCUCUUUCUCUGUUUCUCCCUCUCCCUUCUUCCUCGUUUACUGGAUGCCCGUAGGAACUUCGUUGUAAAUUAUGCAGCUUUGCCUUUAUACACCAAAGAGUGUGGCAAGCACGAGAACGCGCAUGACGAAACAUGCGAGUACAAGAGAGGACCAAAAGUUCGGCCAAGUACUGUCACAAAGCACAUUUUGUGCUCGAUAAAUUUUGCACAUCGUUCAACUCCAUUUUGCUCGGACGAAGUUGUAAAUGGACGCCUUGGGAGAAGGGCCACGCGAUAACCUUACCGUGAAUCCUCUGCCAGGAGUUAGAAGGCCAUGAUAAUUCAGUAGGUUCCUUUGCCUGUUUGAUUUGCUAAUAUGCUUUCUCUAUGAUAUUUAUAUUCUUGUAUGAAAUGACUUUGUUCAUAGACAAAGAUAAAUACCUAUGUAUAACUGAAGUUCCUUUAUCUAUUCGAUUUACGUGUGUACAUGCACAUACACACACACACAUAUAUAUAUAUAUGUAUAUAUCUAUAUUUACUUUCUAUUCAUUGAAAUGAUUUUAAAAUGAACGAUAGAAUAAAAAUAUCGGGACAUCGAUUUAACAAGAAUCUUUCAUCACAUUACAGAAUUCAAUCGGUGAUCCUUUUGACGGGCCAACCAUAAGAUAUAGUUACAUUUGAGAAGACCGAAAACGUCGUAAUGAUAUUUUGAGACGAGGCUUUCCGAAUCGAAAGAUCGUUCGACCCAGUUGGCUAACGGCCAACUCUUCAUCCUUGGAUUUCAUGUAUGUCGACUUGGCAUACAUAUCACUGUGUACUUUUCUUCGUACAAUCCAACCAAGACCCAGUGAGGGCCUGAAAUUUAGAUUUUUCUUAAGGCUCCGCGACGUCUAACCCGAAUAAUGGUUAGAUUGGAUCUCGUAAGAAUGGUGCUACUCCUGUGCAGCCUGGCUUUGAUGGCCGUGGCCGAGGAGACGAAGAAGAGUGAAUCUAACAUCGAAAAGAAGGAUGAAAAAACGAAGCGUGGCCUAGAACUGAGCCUGGGUAGUCACGGUUUAGGGGGAGGUUUUGGCGGAGGUCAUGGCAUCGGAGGAGGUGGCUUCGGAGGAGGUGGUUUUGGUGGUGGUGGCUUCGGAGGAGGUGAACAGAUCUCGACCGAACAUAUUCCGGCGGUGACAAUAACGAAACAAGUACCUGUCCCUGCGCCGUAUCCAGUCGAGGUCGAAAAACAUGUACCUUAUCCGGUAAAAGUACCGGUUAAGGUACCCAUCGAUAGACCGGUUCCCGUACACGUGCCAGCACCUUAUCCGGUAACGGUCGAGAAGCACGUGCCCUAUCCAGUGGAUAAGCCAGUACCUUAUCCCAUCAAGGUACCAGUCAAGGUGCCCGUCAAAGUGCCGUAUCCGGUCAAGGUGCCUGUCAAGGUUCCUUACACUGUGACAAAACCCGUACCUUAUCCCGUUAAAGUCCCAGUCGUCGUAAAAGAACCUUAUCCCGUCGUACUCGAGGAUCAUCACGGAGGUGGCGGUUUCGGCGGUGGAUUUGGCGAUGGUGGUUACGGUGGUGGACACGAGCUCGAACUCGGUGGCUACGGUCAUCACUGAGAUCGGGCUGUGAUAUAGCACAACGACCAAUAGGGACCUCACUCUUCGAGUUUUUCCUUCUUCUUAUCCUUUCCCUCCUCCACCGCAAACUCUCUUCUUCCUUCUACCUUCCGAUCAAAACCGCGCACCAACAUCAGAGAGAGGAGACCACGUAAUGUCCCACGAGGAAGAGGGAAUGACACUCGUGGGUAUAUUAGAUUCUAGAGAAAAAUUUCGCUCGAUAGUAAGAAUGAAAAAAAAAAAAAAACAAAUAAAUAAAUAAAAAAUGAGAAUGCCACCGGAAACGAUCCUCCUGGCUCUCGUUCAUGUCGAAUGCACCGAUAUUGUAUUCGUUGAGAUUCUA